CGGCAAACACAACAUUUCAAAAUAUUUUUAAAGCGUCUAUUUGAUCAAAUUAUGUUCUUAUAAGUUUAAAAUAAAUUAAUAAUUUAAUUUAUUAAUAUAAUAAAAAUGGAUUCAAAAAAACGCAGGAGCACGCUACGAAAAUCCAUAUCAACUGACGUUGACGUCAUAAAAACUCAGAUAAAGAGACGUAUUAGUUUUAGUGGAAAAAAUUCAGUAAGGGUAUUUCAUGGCGAAGAAGAACCAAAAACAUGGAACAAUUCCUAUGAAAUUUCGGAUCAUUUAAAUGGAAACGAAACUGCAUCAAAUUUAGGGGCACCCUUCAAAAAUGAAAUAACACGAAGCGCUUUAAAAAUUAAACACAAUAAUAAGGAAAAUGUUGGACAAUCGAAUAUGCAACAGGAGUUGCAAAUGGAAUCAAGUAACCAUCUGAAGAAUAUGUCUGUUAACAACAAUCAAUCAAUCUUUAGUACAACUAAAGAUUUAAUUAAUAAUUCAUAUCAACAUCAAAGCAGUAAAAAGUUUCACAUUGAGAAUAGCGUCGAUAUCACACUCAACGAAAGUGAAAUACAAAAUUUUCAAAAUGAACCAUACAAAGAUGGGGAACAAACAACAAAUAAUUUGUGCAGUUUUUCAAUGACUGAUAAUGAAAAGGAACCGAGAUCAAUUAUAUUUGCUGAUAGAACAGUUGACUAUAUGAACGAAUUAAAAAUAGAUUCGUUAAAUAUCAGAGAUGAUACAAAAACAAACGAUUUUAAGGAUGGUAAAUCCGUCACAGUUUUCAGUGAAUAUAUGGAUGAGGACCAAUAUGUUGAUUUUACAUGUACCAAGGUUAAAAGUUCCAAGGAGCCAAUAACAAUUUAUAUGAAUGAUUCCCUGUCAAUAUCAGGCAAUGAAAAUAUAAUAAAAAGUAAUAGAAGAACAAUACGGCAAGCUACAGCAAUGAAUCUUUCCCCCAAUAUGGCUAAACAAUAUGACAAAGAGAAUGUAAAUCCAACAUCACUACACAAUGUGAACGAAACUCAAAAUGAAACUUGCGAAAUGGAAAUAAAUGAUGACCUCAAAAUACAAUCGCAAACAAAUGAUGUUAAUGUUCAAAAAGAAACGCUUGCAUUUCAAGAAAAACUAAAUCGUUUGUCAUUUUUACAAGAUUCUGAUGAUAAUAUGAAUAUCGAUAAUAGUUUAGAAGCUCGUAUUGCAGAGCCCAAUAAUAAAGCGAGGCCAACCAUCAGCUUUAAUGAUGCUAUCGAAAUGUCUCCAAAAGAAACAUUAGCCAAAAAUAAAAAAAAUUCUCGUGCAACAAUUAAUUGUAAUCAGCCAAUUGAAAUAUCACCACAGAAAGGUAAAAGUGAAAGUUCUCAAAUUAUAAUGCCCAUUAAAAAAGUAAACUUCCGACAGAGUAUUAACUUUAAUAAAACUAUUGAAUUUUCUCCGAAUAAAGUUGAGGUAAAAACAGGGUACAAGGAUAAGUCGAGGCAAACUCUAAAUUUUAACCAGUCAAUGGACAUUGAUUCCAAAAAUGCAAUAGUUGGAGAGUGCAAUAAUCAACAUGAAACUAUACCAAAAGAAAGAUCUCGUCCUACUAUAACUUUCCAUCAACCCAUAGAAACCAGUCCACCCAAAGUAAAAACAAAUUUGCCAAGACAAACGAUUAAUUUGAAUGGAGAUACUUCUAAUUCUCCUGCCAAGCUAACACAAGAACCUGCUUCUACCAAUAACAUAAAUGUUCCAGAAAGUAUUCGCAAACCUGGUCAGUUACCAAAGUUAGUUGUUCGGAAAAUAUGUACACCACUUGUAAAUAAAAGUAAAAAUCCGAUCGAUUUGGAGCAACAAAGAAUGUUGCGUUACAAAAAGAAACAAGAACAGAAUGUAGCACCUGGUAACGUUGAAAAUGUGACAACUGUUGGAAUAGAAAAAGGAAAUCCAUCAAAUGCGGAGAAGUCCUUAAACUUUUCGUUGAGUAGUGUAAAAAACAUGUCUUUAUCGCCUGACUCGUCGUCUCCUUUAAUUCCAUCCGAGUUUAAAGCUUUGAACUUUAAGCAGUUAAAUGACGAGCUUGAACGUGGCAAAAUAAAUGUUUUUGCUAAUGCUCCAAAAACUCCCAGUACUGAUCGUAAGAACCGGAAUACCGCAUCAAAGCAUUUUCAGUCAUCUUCGCAGCCUGUAACCAAACAAAGGAGAACUCUCGUUUUUGAUGAUGUAGAUAUACCGACAUCGUCUGACGACACGUUGAACAAGGACGUAAAAACUUUAAAAUCAAAUAAUUAUUUCGAUUUUAACAGUACUCAAGAUAACAUUGGACAAAACAAGAAGUAUAAUGAUAAGUGUCGUUACUCACAAGCCGAUGAUAUAAUGCUGGAUAAUACUAGUUUCCUAACAAGAGCCAAACUAAGCGAUGAGACUGUAUGUCGGAGUAAUUCAAAGAGGGAAGUAACACAACUAAAUGGUAUCAUGGACUUAUUUGAUGAAUCAUUAAGAGAUGCCGCCAGUAAACUUGACAGAGGUUUAUUAAGUUCAUGUGUAAAAGCUAAAAAAUCAUGCAAUAAAGAAAAUGAUACGCUUAGUUCUAUGUUUCAAAAUGCUAAACCUAUAUUUACACAAGCAAUUGCAAAUAUUAAAGAAUGUAAUAAUUAUAUGGAUGCUUUCGAUAUAAUGGCCAUUUCAACUGAAGUUGAUUCUUCUAAAUUUAAAAAACAUGAAAAUAAAUACGAAAGCAGUUUUCAAAAUCCGCGUCGGACUAUACUUUUAAAUCAAAACAUUGAACCUUGUGAGGUAUAUACUAGUAACUAUAGAGACGCAAAUGAAAUUCAUGUUGUGCAAAGUGAUAGAAAUGGUCAGGCUGGUAUUUGUUCAAAUACCCAAUUGGAAAUCGAUGACCAAUAUGGCAAUGAUAUUGAAAAAUCACAACAAAAAAUACUUCACGAAAUUCCAAGUCGAUCACAUGAUAAUCAUAUUAAGAAAAUAGAACACAUAAAUGAAGUUGAAUCGAUUUAUAAGAAGGAAAAUAUCGAAGUUGAUAAUUUCUCUCACAAUUCAAAGCUAAUAAGAAAAACAUUACAUUUCAAUAAUGAAUUUUGUGAGCUGGAUGAAUCGAUAGCACAGCAGCAAUUGGCCAAAAGAUUAACUAAUACUGUAGAUACAGAUUUAAAUGAUGAAAAUAAUGUUUUCUUAGAAAAAUGUACAAGACAAACAAUAUAUCUUAACAAUGAUAUCGAGGAAUCAUUCAACUCUGAAGCCAAAGAAAAUACCAAUAAGGAAAAGUCUUCCAAAUCGAAUAAUAUUAAUGAUGAUUUUAAUGAUUUUCAUCUUAAUGUGGAUGGUAAUUCAAUGCUCUGUAAAGACGAAAAUAUUAACACUCUAUGUACUGAUACCAUUAGCAAUAAAAGACAAACACUGUACCCUAACGAUUAUAUCGGAGAUGAAAUAAUUUUCGACCAUGAAAAAAGAACUGUUAUUCCGCAAGAUAAUAAAAACAUAUCAGAUGAAAGUAAAAACAAUCGUAGAAAUACCAUAUACUUCGACAAUGAUAAUAUAAUUGAAGAUAAUCAAGCAACAGCAAAAGAAUGUGAUAAAUCUAAAAUCGAUAAAAAUGGUAUAACUUUAAUGUACAACCAGGAAAUUUACUUUGAUGAAACCCUUGAAAAACCAGCUAAAUCUGUAGAACCAAUUCAAUUACUGGAAAAUAUUGAAACCGACGGUUCCAAAUCAACGAGAAAAAAGGAAAUACAGAUCGAAAUGGAUAAGAUGAAUACUAAGAAAAAUAUUGAUGCUGAAAAUACUGAUGAAGGAAAUUUUAAUUCGAAAUCUCUAAGGAAAACUCUAUACUUCAACAAUGAAAUUCCGACUGAAAACACGAUUAAAAAUAUUGAUGUUGAGAAAGUUGAUACAGGUGUUUUCCAUUCAAAACCAUUGAUAGAGAAUCAAAGUGUUAACCAUGAUGGGUCAGAAAUAAAUAAAACAGGUAUUUUUGAUUCAAAUUCAGCGAGAAAAACAUUGUAUUUCGAUAAUGGAAUUUCAGUCGAAAAUGUUCCGAUUGAAAAUAUUCAAACUAUAAAACCAGUUACAAUUUCUUGUAACUUAAACCAGGAGAUAAAAACGAUGCACUUCGAUAAUGAAGUUUGUUUAUUAGAUCAAUGCAAAUCACAAACAACAAACAACGAUUUUUGCUGUCCAAAGCAGGAUAAGCUGAUGGAUUUAAGUUUGGAUACAAUAUAUAGCAGCAAUGACAAUGAGAAUAAAAAACAAUUUGUGCCUCGUAGGAAAAGUAUUUAUACAGCUGAGAACAUGGACUUAUCGUUUGACGCAGAUGAACAAGAAAACAAUGGAAUUGUAAGUGAACCACAAGUUCCCUGCGAAGAUAAUCGUAUGAUGGAUUUGACUUUAGAUGUAGACCAGCAGAUUACAAAUACAUUUGAAUUUGCUAAAGAUGAUAAAAUAAUUGAUUUUAAAGAUAAUAAUGAAAUGUCCUGUCCAAGGAAGGAUAAGAUGAUGAAUUUUAAUGACAAUAAACAACAAGUGGUGUCUCAUAGAAAGAGUAUUUAUACAGAUGAGCAAAUGGAUUUAACAUUUGACGGAGAUAAACAAGAGGAAAAUGUAAUUUUAUCUAAACAACAGGUGUCCAGCAAUGAUAACCGUAUGAUGGAUUUGACUUUAGAUUUUUGCCAGCAUAAUAAUACAUCUAAAUAUGUUAAAGGUGAUAAAAUCAGUGAAUUCAAAAACAAUAAUGAAAUUUCAAUCAAUCAAUCGUUUACGCCCGCAGAAAAUUAUCAAUUUCCAGAGCCUGGUGAACCUUUGAAUGCGGCCAAAAUGGUGUUGGCACGUUAUACCAAUUCAAACUCCAUGACUAGUAAAUCGAAAACAACGAACAUGCAAGAAAAUGCUCCAAUGACACCGGUGAAUUUUACUGGUAGUAAUUCUAAUAAUCGUCUGAUUUAUAUGACUCCCCGACUAUCUCUUCUGGAAUUUACAGCUGAGGAAAGAAAGGCUAAAGAAGAGGAGCGUUUACAGAAUACGAAAUAUAUUAGCCCGCUCCGAAAUGAAGGUAAUAAUAAACGUUUACCAGUCAAUUUAACGCCAGUACUUUCAAUUCCAAAAAAGAGACAAACAUUAGUUUUUGACAAUUGUCAAAUUGAUGAAUCGAGCACUGAAACUGAAAAGAUUACAGAAAAACUUGUAAGUCCUAAAAUACUGGAUUACGAUAUGGAGGUGCUUGAGAAGCAGGAGCCUUUACGCCUAAGUAGGCGUGGAACUUAUAACCACAACCAAGCUAUUGAAAUGUCCGGUAUUAUUUCAAAUGAAUCUGUAUUACACACUCCAACACCGAAAGAUAAAAAAUCGUGUAUUCCAAUACCAAUUAGUAGUGGAAAGAAAUCGUAUAAAUCUUCCGAUAAUCACAAAGAAGCAGAAAAUCAAUUUGAUAUGGAAGCUGUUAAUCUUGCGGAGAGCAUUCAAUUUAUGCGUAGGGCAACAACGUUUACACAAAGAAGAGACACGACAAUCGGACCAAUUGAUUUGAAUAUUGAAAAUGAGCCUGCACGAAAGCCUUCGAUAUUCGAAGGAAAUCCCAUUACUAUUUCUGAUGUUUCUGUCUUCUUUGAAGUUCAAAGAAAAAGCAACAGUCUUAUUUCAGAAACUGAUAACGAAUUAGCUGUGGAACUCUUUGACGUUAGCGGCUUGAAAGCUAUAGAUAGAGUGAAAAAAAGUUUAGAGAAUCAUCAUUUAAAUCUUACAUUGGAAGAUAUAGAGCAAACACGUUUAAGUCUUGUGCGAAUAUCAUACGAAGAACAAGAAGACAAUUUAGCAGAAGAUACGACUUCACCAAGUGGUGAUGUAGUUGUUGAGAGUGUUGAUAACAAUUUAGAUUGGAAAAACAAGCGCCAAAGUGUGAAUUAUUUACGUAAUAUCUCCGCUGUUUGUCGAAAAUGUAAACGUUGUCAGGAGACGGUUUUAAAUGAAACUACUUCAAGUACAUACGAUUCGUUUGUAUUGCCUCCAUUACCGCCUCUUCCCGAUUUGGGAAUAGAUCGUUUAAGACGUUUACGCAAACGACCAAUUAUAUCGGAUGUAAAUAUUAUGUGGCAGCGCGUCAGCCUAGAUCGAACAAUAAUCAAUCCUUUUAAUAUUUCCGACGAUGAGAGCCAAAUUAUUUCCGAUCUGGAUGACGAAAUUGAAGAUGAGUCUAGUGCAGUUACAAAAUGCAUAAGAAAUUAUAAAAAUGAUUUAUUAAGUUUAGAAACUGAUCUGCUGGCGAAACAACAAAACGAACCAUCUACAAAAGAACUGCCAUUUGUUUUAAGAUUGGAUAUCCUUUUAAGCGCCAACUCAACUAAUUGGAUAUUUGACUUUAAAAUGCAGUCUCGUGGCCUAUUAGUAUUCACUCAUAAAAAAUUGUUCACGUUUGCGAUAUCAUUGCAAUUUGACGAAAUUGAUGUCUUUGGAAACGACAUCAAUGUAAAAUGUGUCAAACUAGAAAAAGGACACGUUUUGGAAAAGAAUUGGAAAGCAAUUGAUUUUGUUUUAGAUUUUCAAUUAAAAUUGAAUUUACCUUUUGAUCUUCAAUCGUUGUGUGAAGGAAGCAAUGAAAAUGAUGUAUUCAAAAUGUUGCAAGCAAUCGAUCGAGUGUGUUUGGAUACUAUACAAAUGGGAAAUUAUUUGCAGCGAAUAUCAUUUACGAAUCAGGCAUCGAUUAUAAGAGAUGAAUUGCGAACGUACGUACGUAAAAUUAUUCGUAAAAUUGUCAAGAGAACUGAUAAUGAUUUCAGACAUGUGGAGAAAACUGAAAUUAAAGUGGAAUUGCUAAAUCUUAAGAAGUUGAGCUUCAAAAAUAUUAUUUCCCCAUCACUUCAUAAUUUCCAAGAAGAAAUUCACUUACUGCCAACUGGCUUGCAGUUUUUGGAAGAAUUUCUACCGAAUCCUUUGAAUUACAUCAAUCAUCAUUAGCAUUUAAUUCCAUUUCAAUGUAAUUGUAUUUUUUAUAUUUAGUUACUAAUUUUAUUUUUACCACUAAAUGCUAAAUAAUCUAAAAUGUUGUUUUUAUUAACAAUAAAUUCACAAUAUUACACAAUAAACCUGCAAACACUUUCU